AUGGUCUGUGUGUUACCAAAUACGCUGAGAAGCCUCAGCUUCAGGUCUUCGAUUUGGACAGCAUGGCUUCUAUGGUGGACUUUAUCCGCUACUGCACUUCCUACUUCUCUUGUUGAGCGUCAGGAGGAAGAUUCGCAUUGGGUAGCAACAUGGGUAUCGAUGCCACAGCUAGUGGAGCCCAAUAACAUGCCUCCCUCUCCGUUUUCUGGUUCGGCUGCAUUCAAAGACGCUACUCUUCGCCAAACACUUCACUUGUCUAUCGGCGCAGAGAGACUUCGUUUCCAGAUCUCUAACACAUUUGGUGGCAGUGACCUUCCCAUUACGGAAGCCUCCGUAGCCAUCCCCACAGAUGGCAAAACCGGUGUCAAUGGCAUCGAUACGACGACGCUGAAAGCUCUCACUUUCAAUGGUUCUGCAUCAGUUACAGUCCCGAGGGGUCAAGUUGCUUACUCUGACCCGGUCGACUUCAAGGUUGAGCCUCAGGGCACGAUUACGGUUAGCUUAUAUUCCCAGCCUGGUCAGUCUGGUAGCAGCAUCACUGGCCACCCAGGAAGUCGAACUACUUCGUUCAUGCAGCAGGGCAAUCAUGCAAAUGCCUCGGCCGUUACAGGAGCGAGCACCGCACACUGGUACUUCCUUACUGCUGUCGAAGCGUGGGCUCCGAAGACGACAGCCGCGCUAGUGAUUCUCGGUGAUAGUAUUACAGAUGGACGUGGAAGCACUGAUAAUGCUAACAAUCGAUGGCCCGAUCUGCUUCUAGCUAGAAUGCAAAAAGAAGGGAUCACUGAUAUUUCUGUGUGUAACCAAGCAGCAGGUGGCAAUACCGUGCUGUCCGGUGGCCUUGGACCACCACUCAUGCAGCGGUAUAAACGAGAUCUUCUCGCGGCCGCUGGCGUCAAGUACGCCCUCAUCUUCGAAGGAGUAAAUGACAUCGGAGGUGGAUCCGCGGAUUCGGGAACACAAUCACGUAUCGGAACUAGUCUUCAAUCGUCUUUCAAAACCAUCGCCACCGAUGCUAAAGCAGCCGGUAUAACCGUGUUCGGAGCAACGAUCACCCCGUUCGGCGGCAACGGACAGAGCUACAGCAACCCGACCAGGGACCAAACCAGGCAGUCGGUCAACACGUGGAUUCUAGGCGGCGGAGACGGUAGCUUCGCUGCGACGAUUGAUUUCGCUAAGAUCGUGGCCAAUCCCUCAAACGCGGCUAACUUGGCUACUCAGUACGACGGAGGUGACCACUUACACCCAAAUGUCGCUGGAUACCAAGCGAUUGCCGACCAAUUUCCCUUGGAUAUUUUCAAGGGUAACACGACCAUUUAUCAGAAGCACUGUUAA